AUGCAAUUGAAUUGGAGUUUGGGCUCAGGGGUCUCUGAAUUGGGGUCCCGCUCAAAUUUUUUUUUUGAUGCGCCACAGGAGUAUCGUGUGGCCACACGUUCCCCUCUCACUUAUGCACCGCAGCAACGAAAAAGUGUGAAGGAGUGUUUUAGUGCUUACGGCUACACGAACCCUGUCGACCUGAACGAUCGCGUCUCUUCAACGGAUGAAAUACAAGUCAUAAAACACCAAACUCUUCUGCCGCGACUACCCAUUCCGACUGUAGAGGAAACUUGCAUUCGCUUUCUUAAAUCCAUUGAGGCAAUCGCAACCGCUGAGGAGUACUUUGUUGCUGCGAAACUUAUCGGAGAGUUCAAGGCGGCAGGGGGCAUUGGGGAGAAACUCAAUGCCCUUCUUAUGGACUGGGACAAGCGGUGUGGGCAACCAAGUUGGCUAGAAGAGUUUUGGGAUGACGCCUACCUCUGCCCACGUGAUCCUAUCCCCAUUAAUGUAAACUAUUUUUUUGGCUUUAGCGCUCACCCAGAGAAGACUGCCAUGACACAAAUUGGGCGUGCCGCAAGUCUGCUUUAUGGCGCGGUGGCCUUUCAUUUGGACUUCCGUUUUGAGAGGCUGUUGUGUGAAUUUGAGCGAGAUCGACCUAUUUGCAUGUGCCAGAACCGAUUCCUUUGCUGUACGUCUCGGGUGCCCGGCAGAAAACGUGAUCGCAAGGUAUGCUAUUGUGAAUUGCCUGCUUUAUCAAAAGACGAAUUAGCCUCUAAGAGUGUUGAAUAUGUUUUCUCGGCACAUCCGCCACAGCACUGUAUUGUUAUUCAACGCAAUCGUUUCUUUUCUUUAAAUGUUGUAAAGGACGACGGCAGUAUUGUGGACGUGGAGGAUAUUGUGGUGGCGCUAAAACUCAUUGAAGAACGUGUGGUAAGUCAUGAGGAAGCGGGUCCACCGGUUGGACUGCUGACGACGAUGAAUCGUUCAGCAUGGUUUGAGGCACGCGAGCACCUUAAGCAUCUUGGCAACUACGAGACGCUGCGAGCGAUUCAGUCGGCCAUCAUUUGCGUGGCGCUUGAUAGCGUGGAGGUGAUAACUUCGGAUGAGGCCGCGCGGAUUUUCCUUCACGGCAGCGGCACCAACCGAUGGUUUGAUCGACACAACAUUAUUGUGACACGUGAUGGUUGGGCGGGUGUGAACUGGGAGCACUCCGUCGCGGACGGCACGGCAACGUUGCGUCUGGCGGAUUGCAUGUAUCAAUCGGAUUGUGAUCAUGUCUUUACAGAGAGUUUGAUUGCAGAGCUGUCGACGGACGUGUCUCGACGCACGCGUGCUUCUGCGCUUAUUACGGAUUUGAGGUGGGUGUUGGACAGCACCGUCAAUGAAACUAUGAAAAAGGCGUUUAGAGACUACAAGCAGAUGAUUGAAGUGAAUGAAACGGCGGUUCUUCGGUUUCGUCACUUUGGCGGGGCUCAGAUAAAACACGUCAAGGCCUCCCCGGACGCUUUUGUUCAAAUUGCCUUUCAACUCACGUAUUACCGUCUGUUCGGACGAGCCUGCGGAACUUAUGAGGCGGCGAGUACGCGGACUUUUUUGCAUGGCCGAACGGAGUGUGUGAGAAGCGCCACGCGCGCUGCAUUGGAUUUUUGCCGUGCUAGCAGCGACCCUAUUUUCGGUCAAUCCACGGGCUCUGCACUGCCGACGCAGCGUGAGCUGAUGCGUGAGGCGAUGCGGCAGCAUUCUGAAAAUAUGUUACUUGCGAAAAAGGCUCAGGGAAUCGACCGACAUCUUUUUGGCCUGCGCCUGCAAGCUGUGAAGCACGGCAUUCCACUUCCUGACAUAUUUGAAAACCCCGUGUUCAAACGGAGUGCGCACUGGAACAUGUCUACCUCGCACUGCGGGAGCAGCAGCCUGAGCCUGUUUGGUUUUGGCUCCGUUGUGGGGGACGGCUUUGGGAUUGGGUACAUGAUAAAGAACGAUCACAUUGAUGUAUGCAUUACAUCGAAAUACACACAUCCCUACACGAGUUCGAAGGUGUUUGCGACGAUUCUGCAGGCUUCGUUGCUCCACAUGAUGGGCAUCGUUGAAAGCGAGUCGUCGCAUCAGCGGGCGGAGGCACGCACGUUGUUGUUUACCCACCCGACAGGCUUCAACGACUUUAAGUACGACCCGGAGGAGGGAUUUGUGUACGAGGCCUUCAAAGAAUAA